GUUUAGAAGGAGGGUUAGGGGGUAAGACUUGGCUCUUAGGGAAGCUUGCGUGUGCCGGCGAAGCAGACAUCAAUAUUCAAUAACCCCCUCCCUCCGGCGAAACAGAAGAAGUCUAGCUUCAACCAUGGCAGAGAGUAGUCUACUGCAUCUCCUAGCUUUCACACUCUACUGUACAGUUCCGUCCGUAUUUUCCCAAAACAACUGGUCCCCCUCCGAGUGGCGUCCGGCCAGCGCCACCUACUACGCGCCGGCGAAUCCCGGCGACGCUGUGGGCGGUGCCUGCGGAUACGGGGAUCUGGAGAAAGGCGGCUACGGCAAGGCCACAGCCGGACUGAGCACGGUUCUGUUCGAGAGGGGCCAGAUCUGCGGCGCCUGCUACGAGGUGAAGUGCGCCGAUGACCUCCGGUGGUGCAUCCCGGGGACUUCCGUCAUCGUUACCGCUACCAAUUUCUGCCCUCCCAACUAUAACUUCGACCCUGACGCCGGCGGCCACUGCAAUCCUCCCAAGGCCCAUUUUGUCCUUCCCAUUGAAGCCUUUGGGGGAAUCGCUCUCUGGAAAGCUUCCAAUAUUCCCAUCAAGUACCGAAGAAUGAGGUGCAGAAGGGAAGGAGGAGUGAGAUUCACAGUGAAUGGCGCGGGGAUAUUCAUUUCUGUGCUGGUCCGGAAUGUUGGAGGCGCGGGGGACAUAGUGGAGGUGAAAGUAAAGGGUUCUAGAACAGGGUGGCUUCAGAUGGGUAGGAUUUGGGGGCAGAAUUGGCACGUCAACGCAAACUUGAGGAACCAACCUCUCUCGUUCGAGAUCACGAGUAGUGAUCGCGUCACCCUCACAUCUUACAAUGUUGCUCCCAAGAACUGGAACUUUGAGCAGACCUUUGAAGGCAAACAGUUUGAUGCUUAGAAGAAAUCAAAAGGGUUUGCAUCUGUUGAUGGACUUGCAAAGCUGAAAUGUUUUUUGAUGGUGGUAGUUUGUACACAUUUGCAGUUACUUAUGGU